UGAAACUGGGCGUUUCGUCGUGUAUUGAUGAUUGUUAAUAUUUGAUAUUUUGUUGCAGCAUAAAAUCAACAGAACUUAAAUUACCUUUUCGCUUCAUAUCUCUUGUUAAGUUAUAGAUAGAUCAAGAUGGCGUGCUCUAAACUUCUGAGCUCUGAUGGACAUUUUGACGCCAUCAUGGACAUGCUUUCUAAGCAACAAGAUAGUGGACGUUAUUGUGACGUCACACUGGUAGCAGAAGGUCACAAUUUUCCAGCACAUCGAGCAAUUUUAGCAGCGAGUAGCAAAUACUUUGACACCAUGUUUAAUAGUCAGAUGAAAGAGGAAUUUGAAAAAGUGAUCGAAAUAAAAGAAGUAACAAAGUUGGCAAUGGAGAAAGUGAUCACUUUCAUUUAUACGAACAAAUUCUUUUUUUCAGAUGAAAGUAUUAAUGAAGUUUUGUAUGCAGCUUCACUGAUGCAAGUACAAGAUCUACUUGCAUUAGUUAUCCAAUAUCUUUCGGAUGAAAUAUCUCCAAUGAAUUGUUUGCAUUACCGUCAACUUGGUAAGUUGUAUUCACUCAAUGAUCUUGUAUUGGAAUGUGAUCGAUACAUUUGUGAUAAUUUCGAUCAAGUUUCAACUCAACAAAAGUUUUUUAAAAUUGAUGAAGUCGAAAUGGAGAAAUUUGUUUCUUCUGGUGAAUUGGUGAUGAAAUCCGAGGAAGUUGUUUAUGAGUGUUUGGUUGGUUGGGUGAAACAUGAUCUACAAACACGGAAACAAUAUUUCCCAACUUUGUUCAAACAUCUAAGAUUACAAUAUAUGGAUGCUGAUUAUUUAUAUCAGAAAAUUAGAAAAGAGGAACUUGUGCGUGAAUUUCUUGAUUGCAGAGAUUUGGUUGACGAUGCUUUUUAUUUUCAUAUCAAACCACAUUUGUUUGAGAAACAGAAACCAAGGAAAGGUCACUAUCCAUGCAAAGAACUUAUAUUUGUUCCAAACAAGAAGCAAAAUAUAGCAUGUUAUAAUAUGAGAGAAAGGAAAUGGUCAUCACUGCAGGUUGUUGGUGAACCUGAGCAGAGCGUGAUGUUUAUUGUUCAUGAGGAGAAAAUGUAUUGCUUUGAUUACUACCAUGUAGAUGGUUAUAUAUUGCCCAAUGUUUCUAAAUGCUUCAAUGGAAUUAAAUGGGAAAAGCUUGCACAGAUGAAGAACUACCAUUCUGAAGCAGCUGUUGCUUCAAUACAAGGUGAAAUAUUUGUCUUUGGUGGGUUGUCACACAGAAAAGAUGGUUGUAUGUUCUUUGCAAACAAGAUUUCCAAAUACAAUCCCAACAACAAUACUUGGUUAAACGUUGGACCAGCCAAAUCAUUUCGAACUGAAGCAACUGCAGUAGGAGUUGGAAAUGUAGCCUAUAUUUGUGGAGGUUAUGAACAAGUGGAUGGUAAUCCAAAAAGCGCUACAACAGUUUGUGCAAAAGUUGAAAUGUAUGAUACAGUAAACAACACAUGGGAAGAUGGAAAGAAUAUGAUAAAAGGAAGAGCUUCUUGUGCUGCUGUUCAUUUUGAUGGAAAAAUAUUUGUAUUUGGUGGAUUUGGUUCAAACAACACCCUGUUGUCAAGUGGUGAAUUUAUGAACAUUGCUGAUGGAGUUUGGACGAUGUUAACAAACAACAUUCCUUUUCAACUUGGUGAAGUUUCUGCUUGUUGUAUUGGUGACCAUAUUGCAAUGUACGGAAGUUCCAAACCUGGACAUAUUGCAUUGUACAACACAAACAAUGAUGAAUGGAGAACUUUCAAAGAGGAAGGACAAAAUUUGUUUAAAGGAAGAGGAUGCUUGAUGGCAAAAUAAAAAAAAACAUCAGAAUUUUAAAUAUUUAUAAUUUUUGUGUACAUUGUUUUAUCCUUUAUAUACAAACUCUUGUUUAUAUUAUAUAGCAGUGUGGGGUAAGACAGAACUCUUAGGCAAAUAUUUUCCAAAAUUUCUACAACCAAAUUAUAUGACGGUUAUAAAUUAUUUCAUUGGGAAAUAUUAAUACUCAUAAUUAAUAUUAUUUUUGGCAAAUAUUUAUAAAUAUUGUUUUUAAAAUAAUGACACUUUUAAUUCGCUAAGUUUGUGUGGUUAAGUUAGUAGACUGGUAGAGUGACUACCUUUUAGAAUUGUAUCAAUAGUUGCUAAUAUAUUGGCUCUGUAUACUGUAUAAUAAAAUCACCCAAAC